CCGCGUGCGGGCGCCUCGCAUUCCAAUGCCAUCGAGAUGUGAGUAGAGUGCAGCGGGACUUCGCUGCUUCCCAACGCGACUCUCCGUCUUCCAGGCAGUUUGUAAGGGUUAAAAAUGUCCAACUCCAAGGAAGGGAACUCCUGUCCCGACGGCUACCGGGCUUUAAGCACUACCGAGCUGAGGGAGCUUUUACACAGCGACGACAAAAUGGACCAAAUUAUUCGACUCAAUGAGAAGUUCCAGGAGCUCCAGGUUGACCGGGACAUGCAGUUGACCUCCAACCGGAGCCUGGCCGAGGAGAGCCUGGCUCGGCGACCCCGCCUCAACAACGGCAAGCUCCAGCUGGCAGAGAAGUACAAGGAGCUGUCCAACCUCGUAACCACAUGCUGGGAAAAACAGAGUCAGCUGGAGGCUCGCGGGCCGAGGCGCAGCCUGCAGACGGCGCAGAACCUCCUGCAAGAGGAGGUGGCACGUGCUGAAGAACACUCCGAGGAGCUGCUGGAGAAGUUCAUGGAGGGCAACGUGAGUCUGGAUGAGUUCCUGGAUUCGUUCCAGAGCUCCAGGAAGAUCUACCACAUCCGCCGGGCUCAAACAGAGAAGAUCCAGGAGGCCGUUCAAGCCAGGAAGCAGCCCAAUAAAAGCAAGAGACCCGAGGAGAGUCGGGUCCCAGAGGCGAAGAAGGACUCCGAGCCGCAGCAGGAGCCUCAGCGGCCCAACGGCUUUGUGGCACAGGGGCCGCUCCGAGUGUUCCAGGUCCGAUACGGCUUGACACCGGCCAUCCUUGUCCCCCAUUACCCUGUUUCCCCCCCUGCCUCUGCGCCGAGCCAUCAAAACCCUGCCUCUGAACCCCCAGUGGGCCAGACCCACAUCUUGAGCCCCAGCAGCCCGAUCCCAGGACACGGCCAGCCAGUCGGCCUCCGGGUCAUAGGCCAGCUGCCGGGCGGCUGGCCCGCUAACGGGCGGCCGGUCCGGGUGCAGCAGCUCUACAGACCCAACCCGCAGCAGCCCGAGCCGCCGUACCGAUAAGCUCCAGCAGGGGGCAGUAUAGAGACAGUUAGAGAGGUCUUCCAACCCCUGGAGCCAAGCGGCGGCUGUCACAGUCACCCAGGCAGGCAGGAAGGACCGAGGUCCGACGUUUUUGUUGUCCUCCAUGGCAGGAAAGCAAGAACAGAAAGGUAGAGAGGCGGCAGACAGGAGAACCGGGGAUGGGCUGGGAAAACGGCUCAGGUUCAACUCUGGUGAGCUAAUCUCCUCCAAAACAUCCACUAAUCUGCUUUUAUUACUUCAUAAAACCAAAACAGGAACAGCUGCUGUGUGCUGGUUUGAACCUUUCUGGGUCCCUCAACAUUUUCUACAUAGUUUAUGCAAAAAAAAAAAAAAAAUUUCUUAGGGAAUUUGUAUUUUCUUUUAUAUAGUUUUUAAAAUAAAUGGAGCAAUCUGCAGCCAUUAACCAUUUUUGUGCCCUUCUGAAUCUUUGGUUAUACCAGCUCCUGGGCCAGACUUUAAAAAAAUCCAGCCGCCUUCAAAUUAAACAAAAUUUUUGUGAAAUCAUCGAAGGCUAACAAAAUUAUAAUGACACAAACAAAAACUUCUGCUGCACAAACGUAGCAUACAUAGUUGAUUGACACCAUAUUUCAAAUGAUUUUGUAAAUGUGGACCAGCUGGUUGACCUUUGAACUCCGAAGAUAUUUAUGUCUUUAAAAUGAUAGUGGCACAAAUGUAAAUUUGACACCAUUUUCGUUUAAUUUUUCUGUUGCUCUUUGCCACAUUGUUUUUUUUUAAACAAUGUGGCAAUGUGGUUUCAGAAAAGUUCUCAUCCAGAUGAAUCUGCCCAAAUCAUUGUUUUAAACAUGCCAAACCCGUAGGGGGCAGUGUAGCGCGCAGCUAAAUCCUGUGAGCCAAUCGGAUUUCUUCAAAAGAACCAUAACUUAAUAUUCCAAUAUGAUAUUUAAAAGUAGUUGAGCCUAUAUAUCUGUAGAGACAAUCGAACCUCUGGGCACCAUGCUUAGUUUCUAACAGGAAGUUAUUAAAACAUAAAAUGAUGCAGAUUGGGAAUCAUGUCAAAGCAGGUACGUGGAUUAAUUGGUGCAUUAUUUGUUGCAGACUGCGAUGUGCAGGACCGUAAAUCUGUUUCCCAAUGUUCACACAAGCACAAAAACUGAGUUUUCUCAAAUUUGAUCGGAGUUUUAAUAAAUAAAUGGAGUUUUUGUGUGGAUGGAAGGGCAAAGCGAAUAAAAAUUUGAGUCUAUGGACACAAGAUUUUCUGUUUGCAUAUUUUUAUCACUUAAACUGGAAUUUUGGUGAUUAGAAAGUCUGAAAAUGUGUGAAUAUUAUGUAGUUAAAGACUGCAGUUUAUAAUGGCACUAAACAAAAUGGUGAGGAACAAAAAUGAAGGGAUAAGAGAGACAACACUGCUGCUAUCGAAGCCCAUCCCCAUGGAGAACAACAUGUUUUUAAUGGUUAAUUCAAAUUAUUUUCUAAUAUAUUUUGUAUUUUACAACAAUGAAAAUAUGAAUAUGAAAGCACAGAGCAAAGUCAGAUGUUGGAAGAAGAGGAAAAAGGAUCUUAUUGUUAGUUCAUACAGCUUGAAACAAAGAGAAGCUCAUCCAGCUGAAUGAUGACGUCAGUAAAGAGGCGUUGGACAUAAAGUCCUGUUGUUUUCCGUUUAAAACAGAGACCUUCAUGCUUGGAGUCGUUCCCAGGAUAGGGAACGCUGCGGGAAGUUGGAAGGAAUGCGGCUGCAGACUCGUCUCUUUCAGCCUUUCUGCUGCGACUUCAUUAGCGCGGCUCGUCGGCGGGCGGCUUAUUUAUUCAUGUAAAUCCAGAUUUUUACGUCCGACUUCAAAGCUCCUUGUUUACCGAAUGAGGAGCCGCUUCCGCCUUUCCAGGGAAGCCACCGUUUUUAUUCCUGAGCCGCAAAGUGCGAAUGUCACCGCUUCCCCGCCGCCUGUCCUGCAGAAAUUUACAAAAGAAAGCAGUUUGGCUCUGUUCUUAAACAUCAGUUUGUUCAUCGCUCAUCGGUAUCUCAUAAGUGCAUGCUUACAACAGCUUGUUCAAGUACAUGAAAAUGCCUUCAAAAAGCCAGCGCCCAGUCGCAUAAUAAACAGGGAGAAGAUUUAAUUUGACUUUCUCUUCUAAUUUGAAAAAGAUCCUUUAAAUGGGGGGAAAAGCAAAGUGACCGGUUGUUUUUGUGUUUAACUCUUCAUAAAAAGGAAUUAAUUUUUCUGUUUAGUAGCUUUUCAGUCCCUGAGCUUAAUGUGCUUUUAUUAGGAUUGAACCAAUUUUCUUAAUUUUGGGAGACCAGCACUUGACUGAUACUUCCCUAUGAAAAGGUCUUAUUGCUGCUAAAAAAAAAUCUGAAUUGUCAGGUCUGGUUUUUUCAGUUGAACUUCAAAAAUAUUAUGUUGAUCCCAAAUGGAAAUUAAAUGUUGUAACUCAUUAAUUUGAAGACUUAUUGUAGAUGGUGAUGGCUGUUGGCAGAAAGAUCUCUUGCAGCCGUCUGUAUUACAGUGAGUUUGAAGGAGCCUCUGACUGAAGACGCUGUUUUCUCAACAGUCUCAUGAAGAGAAGGGUGAGGGCUGUCCAUAAUUUUCUUCGUUUUGUGAAGAAUCAUUCGUUGAGAUCUCAGAAUUUGAAAAUGUAAUUUUUUUUUAAUUAUGCAAACAUCUACAUUUUUGAAUUGUUACAUUUUAAAGAUCAUUGAUCAAACAGAAAACUGCAAUCAGUGCAUCCCUAGUUUUCAUGAAAAUGAUGCGUUCUUAGAGGUGAAGUUGUAGCAAAAGUUGGCUCGUGUUUGUCUUUAAAGCUGAAGAAAGGUUAACCUAAAAAAUAUCCUUUAAUUUCAAACUAAACGCUGAUGAUUUCUACCCAGAAUGACGAAGAUCCUCCUGCUAGUUUCUGUUGAACAAAAAAGCGAUGACUCUCUCACGCUUCCCCUCCUCCUCGGCUCAUUUUGACUGAGAACCCGAGUGGCUUUUCUAUUUUAGGCUUGUCUUUGUUUUGUCUGCUUUGUUGACAACAAAUUGGUUUGUUUUGAGGAAAAAAACACAAUAGAGUUCAACAACAACCUACGGAAAAUCUGACAGGACAAGAAAACAGAUUGGGAGGUGAAGGACAUUCAGCCUUUAUGUUGCCUUUACAGAUUUAGUUUUGUUGUUUGUAUUAUUUAGUCAAUUGAAAUGCAAACGAGAGCUAAAACUACAGCCCCGUUUGUCAUAAAGUAUGAGAAAAGCUGCAGAAAAAGAAUUUUCCUCUUUGUUUAGAAAUAAAAAUAAAGAUAAAAUUUUGCAAAAAGAGGAUAUAGUGUUUUUUUCCUGCAGGAUGGAAAAUGAUGUAAAAAAAACCCCAAAACAGAUUCCAACCUAAUGACAAGAAAAGCAGAUCUAAAAGCAUACUACUGGUAAUUUUAGUGUCACUUUUUGUGAAAAUUAAAUGCAAAUAUUGUAGAAAAAACUGUUAAUAACCUACAUUUGUGAUAUCUAUAUUUAAAACACUAGCUAGUUACUUUUAUGUCUCACCCAAAGUCAUUAAGAAGCCACAGUUUUCAGAAACCUGAUUUAUGGUAAUUAAUCUUCAAUGGUCCUAAACCCAAAAGAACAUGUUCUAUACAGCAUAAACACAAAGUCUUACAAAGUAUUUGGGUCUGGUUUCUAGUGCAAAUAUCUUAAUACAGUUGAAAUUCGACUAAAAUAACUUUUAUGCAAUUUUUUUUGUCAAUAAUUCAUUAAUAUUGAUUGAAAAAAGUGUUAGUUCUACUGGCAGAAAUGAAAUGAUCUGCCAGGAACUAUUUACUUAAAAAAAAAAAAGCUCUAUAUCUUUCUGAAACGUUACUUGUAAUUAUGUUCGUUUUACUUCAAGUGUACCGAGAUAUUUGUACUGGAAACUAGACUAAAAUACUUUGUGUACUUCUUGUUGUGUUGGGCUUUGAUGCGACUGGGCUCUGGCUUCAAACAUGCUGCGCCCACUCAGGUUCUUAUAGGGAAACAAAAACGGCUUCAUAAGUUGCAGUUGUGGCGAUGAACUCAAGUCAGACUAAAAAGAUCAGUGAAACCAAAUCACCGUCGACUUUCUACCGUCGCUGUGAGAUUUUACUAAAGAGGUUUUAGGAGUUUUGUUGUUUCUCAGUCCUGAUUUCUGUUUUUCUUGGCGUGUCGUAGUGACGUGUGAAACUGGUGGUUCAUGUCAGCCUGGACAUGUGUGAAAACUCGAAUAUUGAUGUGAAAGUGCUUGUUUUUUUCUUUUGUUGUUUUUGUUUUUUUUUUGUCCAGUCUGUACCUAAGGUGUGUUUUCUAAAGAGAGCUCGUCCCAGCAGCCUUCUUCUUGUUAAAAAAAACCAAGAGCUAGACGUUGGCCAGCUUUAAACGCCACGCAGGAAUCUGACGCGGAGCCGCUGCAGGCGCUCGUCAAAGCUGAUCAGCGGCGCAGCGUGUAAGGCUGAGCUAAUAAUAUCCCAGUUAGUUGAUGCUUGUCGCUACGUUGGAGCGUGCGACACAUUCAAAACACGAUGAAGCUCGUCGGCUCGUCGUCGGCUGUUUGAUGUGAUCAUGGAAGCAGCAGCAGCAGGUAAAUAACUCGGGUUUUAUCUGCCAGCAGAAAACAUAAUUAUCCUUAAAAUGCUGUGGUUGAGCUUUCUGCUGCAGUGACUGCUACUUUCCAACCCAAAACCAGGAGGCGAAAUUAUCUAAUUUGAUAUUUUCCAGUACUAAAACCAAAAUGUGGAGACACUAACUGCAUCCAGAAAGUGAAGCAGUUUGAUAUCGGAGAGAGCUGGAUGGACUCUGGCUGCAAAUACACAAAAUAAAUAAAUCUCAAUAUCUACAUUUGAAUGUAGGUUAGUCGUGAAUUAAAAUUGAAAUCUUUAAUUUUAAUUAAACAUUUAAA